AGUGAGCGGGACGCGCGUCGCUUAGCAACGGGCUGCUGUCCGUAAAGAUGCCGCUGCAGGUUAAGGGUUACACUUGGGACCAGGUGGACAGCCAAGUGUUUAUAACGGUGCCGCUGAAGGGAGUGAGGGCUGGGAAAGCGGACAUUUUCUGUACCGAGGAUUAUUUAAAGGUGAACUUUCCUCCAUUUCUGUUUGAGGUAAUAUUAUUUGCUUCUAUUGAUGAAUCGAAAAGCUCUGCUAAAGUUGGCAAUGAUGUUGUUAUCUUCACCUUGUGUAAGAAAGAAUCGCGAAUGUGGGAGCAACUUACAACGGUUGAAGUUAGUAAGGAAAAGUUGCAGAAAAGGAGGGAGAAUGCAAUACUUGCUGCUCAAGAAAAGGCACAAGAGGCAGCAAAAGAAAAGGCAAUUAAAAAACGAGAAAAUGAGAAGUACUCAUUGGAAAAGACAAUGAAGAUAGAGGAACAUGCCAGAAAACAGAUUGAAGAGAUGAAAGAACAAGAGCGAAGAAAAGCUACUGAAGAGUUGGAACAGUGGAAGCUGCAGAAGCAUGAAGAAGAGAAAUUAAAGAGAAAGGAGGAACUAAAGCAUGCAAAGCAGAAAAUUGAGGCAGAGAAAAGGAGGAUGAAGAAGAAGGAAGAAGCCAAAAUACAGAAUUCUGACUCACGAACUUCAAACAAACAUUCAGUUAAAGGAGGUACAGCUGCCAACAUGUUUGCUGAAAACUACAAUGACAAAAUCAUCCCAGAUCCCCGUUCAGCUGGCAAUAUUGAAGUACAAUUCACACCACGAGUUUUUCCUACAGCACUGAGAGAAUCUCUUAUUGCAGAGGAGGAAGAGUGGUUAAGAAAACAGGCAGAAGCUAGACGAGCUAAAAAUGCAAAUAUCCCUGAGCUUAAAGACCUGAAAGAAGAGGAGAAAAAUCCAGACUGGCUGAAGGAUAAGGGGAACAAGCUCUUUGCAUCCGGAGAUUAUCUUGCAGCAAUUAAUGCCUAUAAUUUGGGAAUACAAUUGAAUAAUAAACUUCCAGCCCUAUAUCUGAACCGGGCUGCAAGCCACCUUAAACUAAGAAAUUUACACAAAGCCAUUGAAGACUCCUCCAAGGCACUUGAUUUGUUAACUCCUGCUGUUCCAGAUAAUGCAAAUGGCAGACUGAAAGCCCAUGUUCGAAGAGGAACAGCAUUUUGUGAGCUGGAACUCUACGUAGAAGGCCUUCAGGAUUUUGAAGCGGCUCUCAAGAUUGACCCAAAUAACAAGACAAUACAAGACGAUGCAGAAAAGAUACGACGAGUGAUUCAAGGAACACCUCCAGACCCCUAAAUGCAAGGUAACUCAUCUGGAGCAGAAAAUGGGUGUAAAGAGAGUGUGAGAAUAUGGAAAAUAGAAAACGAAAAUGAUUAUUUAAAGAGGAAAAGGGAAUGGAUCCAACAAUAGCCCAAUGCUUUCAAUAUCACUGAGGUACAACAAAAGAAGAAACCGGUGAACAAUAAGGAGAAGAGAAUGAGAUUCAAAGCAAUCUGCUGAAGAACAGUAUCUUAAAAGAAGACAUGAUAUCCACAUUAAAGUGUCACUGGACAAUGGUUAUCUGUUGUUAUUCUGAAAUAAUAUAACAAACUUUCACCGGAGUUGUUUUAUUGUUGAUGAUUACCAUCUUAUUUGCUUUUCUAAAAAAAAUUCCAAAAUAUUUACCAUGAUAAAUGUGGUGUACUAAGGAGAACGAGGAUUGAGCAAAUUUUACACUUUUUAACUUGUACUAAGUUACUUUGCUUUAAUUAUUAAACUGUCUGAUGUUAUCUCAUUUAACAUAGUUAGAUGCAUAAUUGUGUUUGUGAAGUACCUGACACCUCAGAAUCGGCAAACAUUUUCAAUACCUCACGUAAUAAUGAUUCAUACUUAACAGUGCCCGAUCUUUUAAUUUGAUUGAGUUUAUAUUAUUGAAUCAAUUUUAAUACAAUAUCUUAAAUUAAUGUACAUUUUGAUACUUCUGUUUUAAUAACAUUCAGGCAUCUUUGAGACAGUUGCUGUAUGCCCACAAUAUGCAUUCUGACUCCAUAAAUGUUCUGGUGAUUGCUGGUGAAAGACUAAUGUGUGAAUUAAUUCUGGAAUUUGCAUUUCAUGACUAGGUUGUUACACUUCCAUUGUGUCAGACAGGUAUGCAUAGUAAUUGGAAAACUUUUUUCAGUCACCCUAUUCAUUUUGAAUAAUAGAAUUUCCUAUCAGAACGAUGGUGUGAAACUUGAAAGAGUUCAGAAAAGAUUUACAAGGAUGUUGCCAAAGUUGGAGGAUUUCAGACAU